AUGUCUAAAUUUCCAGCGAUCCUUAACGCCACGGAGCAAGACAUCCAACACCUCCUAUCGGCGCAAUGUCAUAUCGGAGCCAAAAACUUGAAUGUUCAAAUGGAACCAUAUGUCUGGAAGCGUCGUGAUGACGGGAUUUUUAUUAUUAACAUUGGAAAAACGUGGGAAAAAUUGAUUUUCGCUGCCCGUAUCAUCACUGCCAUUGAAAAUCCUGCUGAUGUUGUUGUAAUUUCAGCUCGUCCCUAUGGUCAACGUGCUGUAUUGAAAUUCGCAUCUUAUACAGGCGUUCAACCUAUUGCUGGUCGAUUUACUCCGGGAACUUUUACUAAUUAUAUUACUAGAUCAUUUAAGGAACCUCGUUUGAUUAUAGUAACUGAUCCAAAAACCGAUCAUCAAGCCAUUCAAGAGGCUUCAUAUGUUAAUAUUCCUGUUAUCGCAUUAGCUGAUACAGAUUCAUCUCUUCGAUUCAUUGAUGUUGCAAUUCCUACUAAUAAUAAAGCCAAACAUUCAAUUGGUCUUAUUUAUUGGUUGUUAGCUCGUGAAGUACUUCGUCUGCGUGAAAGCAUUUCCCGAGAAUCACCAUGGGACGUAAUGGUUGAUAUGUUCUUUUAUCGUGAUCCCGAAGAAGUUGAAAAGGAGUCGGAAGCUGUUGGUCCCGUAGCCGAGAAACCACCAACUACAUUUCCAUUUGAUGGUACUUCCAAUUGGGAUCAUCAAGAUAGUACUACAAAUUGGGAUGCAUCUGGUACAGCAGCACCUGGAGCUAUUAAUCCUAAUGUUGCAGUUUUAGCUACUGCUCAUGCUUCACAACCAAAUUGGGAUACAAAUACAGAUACGGGUACAGGAGGUUGGGGCGAACCUUCACUCACUGAACCAACUGCUGGUCUUGGUACUGAAUCUUGGGCUGAUGAAACGUCAGUUACAGGUGAAACAGGUGAAACAGCUGGAGAUGCUGGAGGUUGGAAUGAACCUGGAACAGGUGGUUCAGGUUGGGAUACAAAUGAAAAUGAUAAUACUGGAUCAGGCUGGGAUUAA